AGAAGAAGAGGAACAACAGUGACAGUGAAGGAACAAACGAAGAAAGUUUUUGGGGAGUGGACAGUGUACCGUUCAAUGGGCUGUGGUAGGUGACGGUAGUGGUAAACCAUGGACAGCCCGGAGCUGAGUUUCACUUUGGCCUACUUGGUGUUCGCUCUCUGCUUCGUGUUUACGCCAAACGAGUUCCGUUCUGCCGGGUUAACGGUCCAGAACCUGUUCUCGUCGUGGCUGGGCAGUGAGGAUAUGGGCUUCAUCCAGUACCACGUCAGGAGGACCACCAUUACCGUCCUGGUCCACUCCGCCCUCCCCCUCGGUUACUACUUGGGGAUGUGUAUCGCUGCUCCAGAAAAGAACAUGGAAUACUUCAGUCAGGUGAGUGACAGCUGGCGGAUGUUUCUCUUUGGGGCUCUUGGUCUCCAUUUGAUCAGCUGGACUCUUGUAAUUUACUGGUCCCAUGGCCACUGGCACAACCACCCAAUCAGCAAGGCUCUGCAGGCCCAUGUGAGGCCUCCCCAUUCAGGCUGGGGGUCUGUGGCAUCCAGUGUCAACACUGAGUUCAGACGCAUCGAUAAGUUUGCUACUGGGGUGCAUGGAGCCCGGGUCAUAGUCACAGACAGUUGGGUGUUGAAGGUGACCACUUACCACGUCUACAUGGCCUUACAGAGUGAGUGUCAUGUGACGGUAACUGCGUCCAGACAGCAUCAGCUGAGUCCAGACUCGGCCUCACCCACUCAGAUCCUGACACUCAGAGUGGAAAGCAUCAACCCUUCUGUCCGAGCCUUCACUAUCCGGCUCAUGUCUACAGAGUAUGCAGAGUUCAGAGAGAAGCUCCACGCUCCAGUCAGGAAUGCUGCCAAUGUGGUAAUCUACCAGACCAUCAGCGAAUUAUUCCUGGACACAUUCAGAGCUCAGGUGGAGCUCAAUCAGACGUAUACACUACCCAGUGGACAGGAGCUGGAGCCCUGUAUCGGCUGUAUGCAGGUUCCAGCCAACACCAAGCUGGUGAAACUGUGCGACUCAGAGGAUUAUGAUACUGAGCCGGACUGUCAGCGGUGUUUCUGCAGACCCAUGUGGUGUCUGUCUUGUCUGGGCCGAUGGUUUGCCAGCCGCCAAGACCAGCAAAGACCUGAAACCUGGUUGUCUAGCAAAGUCCCCUGCCCCACCUGUAGAGCCAAAUUCUGCAUCCUGGACGUCUGCGUGGUUCGCUGAAUACUAACUCCACAUGGACUUGACCUCUUAGAAUAACAUGGAUCUGUUUUAAACAGCACUCAGCAGAUCGCUUUCAUUCUUUGCUUUAAUAAGAUGGGAGAAUUUAAUGGCAUGAGGUGGUUUUUGUGAGUGUUUGGAUGUGUAGAAGGAACAAAGCAACAUCACAGGAUCUGUUUUGACCCCCAGUCAGAUGAUGAUCCUUUUGCUGGAUGUAUUUGGAAGCAGGAAAGUGCAACAGACAAGUGUCUUUGCGGACACACUCAGACUUGAUAGAGACGUGUCCAAUGUCUCUACACUGCAAAUGUGUCAGACAUGAAAUGAACCCUUACGUACCUUUUGCUUCAAAUUUGAUGGAAUUAACACCAAUUAAAGCACCCUAAAUGACAGAUUUUAAAGUUGUUUUAUGUAAAUUAUAUUCUGUGAUAGUCGCUUUUUCCAUAUCCAAGAUGUAUAACAACUGAAAGAACACAGUCCCUCUGUUCUCUGGAAUGAUGCACACAAAGUGGAUGUGCAUAUGUAAGAUCUUUGUAAGAUCGGCUGAAUGUUAUUUUAGUACUUGUUUUUAUCUUGUAUGUCUGACAUGCAGUUCUAGCACAGAACUGACACAUUUAUUUAUACAUGUCCAACAAAUAGUUGUAUGUAAAAGUUAAAUGACAAGGACUAUAAAUUGGGCUGCAACUGGAAGUAAGAUGAGCAUCUGUCUAUCGCUUCAUUUUUGUCUAAGUUGUUUUCUGUCUUGUUGAAUUUUUUCAUUUUAUUAAUUACUUUCCUCAUUUUCUUUUAGCUUUUUUUUUCAUGUUUAUGGGGUAUUUUCUUAAAAAAAAACAAACAAACACAUAAAACAGGAAAAAAAAAGCUGGGAGAAAAGCUGGAAAGACAUCCUUUUUAUAUAUCUGUGAAGACAACUUGGAGCAACAUGUGCUCUGCAGUAUCUUAAGUUGCAAUGCUCUUGUUUGGUUACAAUUCGGUUAGCUUUUUAAGUUUUGUUAAUUUUUACUUUACAUAAGUACAUAACUGAGGAUGUUUUUUUACUAUUAUUUUUGAUGCCAUGCCCAAAACAAGUUGUGUUUAGGCAUGGUGUCCAGGAUGUUUACCUCUUUUGUUGCUUUCAAAAUGUCAAGUCAUUGAAAUUUUUGUUUUUUUUACCAGAAUUUCCAAAAAAACUUUUGACAUCAAAUGAAAACAUGUCUACAAAUUAAUGUCAAUUAACUAGAAUAUGUAAUGUAAAAUGAGUGAUUGCAUAAGUAUUCACCCUGUGCAUGGUAAACUGCGUCUGUGGACAGGUCUCCAUCAGACUUGUUUCUGGAUGCUGCAAUUUAACUAUUAUUUGCAAAAGUGUAGGUGUCAGGUUGCACAGGCGUUGGGUUUAAUCAGCCUUUUUCAAUUCCAACCAUAUAUUCUCUAUUGUGUUGAGAGCAAUCAAUCAAAUUUUAUUUACGUAGCACAUCAUAACAAAAUUUGUCUCAUGACACCUUCCAUGUAGAGCUGGUCUAAACCAGACUCUUCAGCCAAAUCUGAUCUGAUCUGGGCUUUGACUUGACCGCUCUGGAACAUUCACUUUGGUACCUUUCUCUGUGUGCUUAGGAUCAUGAUCCUGCUGUACCUCAUGCAGAAUGAAUCAGAUUGUUCUUUUUGAUGUUUUGCAUCCCCACAGCGUGGUGAUGUGUAGUGUCCGCUAAACAGUGUCUGCUCAGAUGACCACAAAGUUCCAUUUUGGUCUCACCAAACCAAAGAACCCAAAGAACCUUCUUCCACAUGCCUUUGGAUGAACUUUAGUUAGAUUUCUUUAACAGUUUCUUCGUCUCUGAAGAAUUCUUUCGUGUUAGUCUGUUCCAUCUCAGCUGUUGAGGCUUUGAACUCCUUCAGAGGAGUCAUGCAGUAGGUGUUGUGGUCGUCUCCCUCACUGUUCUCCAUCUUCACAGUUACUCAGGUUCAGAGGAAGGUUUGCUCUAUGCAGAUUUAAACAUGUAUCAGAUUCUUUCCAUUUCUUAAUGAUGUUUUGUUUUGUUUUUUUUUUUAAAUUCCAGAGGAUGUUUAGUGACUUGGAAGUGUGUUUGUAUCCAUCCCCUUACUUACACUAAAUUUUCCCAGAGUGGUUUGUGGUGUUGUUUGGUCUUCAUGGUGUAAUUGUCUCAAAACCAGUUCCUGGACCCUCCACACACAGAUGUCUUUACACUGACAUACAUACACUCACAUGAUCUGCAUUUCACUAGUUGUGAGUUUAGGUGUUCCAGCUAACUGGGCCCCUGUUGAAUUAGGUCACAUACUAUCAGGGAGAUGAAUAUUUAUUCAAUCACUCAUUUACAUUAUUGUUUAAAUUUUUUGGUAAGAAAUUCAGAUUUUACGUUAAUGAGUUUUUUGUAAAUUCUGGUCCAAAAAAUAAACUAUAUUGACUGUGAUUCCAUUCAUAGAAUAAUAAAAGGUGAAACCAUCCAAGGGCAUGAAUAUUUUUCAUGAGCCCUGUCAGUGAUUAGCUGGACACAUUCUACAUAAGUAGUCCUCUCUUGGGUACAAGGUCCAACAUGAGCACAAUCUUUGUCCCUCAUUUGGUUCAUUAAGACCUGGUCUUUUUGCGUUGAAAUUAGUGAAUUAAAAAUCAAAACGGGCUGAAUUGCCUUCGUUUAAAAUAAGGUAUUGUUUAUGAA